AUGCAGCUGUACAUGCAGCUGUACAGGCAGCUGUACAUGCAGCUGUACUGGCAGCUGUACAUGCAGCUGUACUGGAGGACUGGUCGGCAGGCCCACAUCCACAAACAUGUAGAAGCUCCACCUCUCCAUGCAGGCAGGAGGUCAGUAUGCAGGCAGGAGGUCAGUGUUCAGGCAGGAGGUCAGUGUUCAGGCAGGAGGUCAGUGUGCAGGCAGGAGGUCAGUGUGCAGGCAGGAGGUCAGUGUGCAGGCAGGAGGUCAGUGUGCAGGCAGGAGGUCAAUGUGCAGGCAGGAGGUCAGUGUGCAGGCAGGAGGUCAGUGUGCAGGCAGGAGGUCAGUGUGCAGGCAGGAGGUCAAUGUGCAGGCAGGAGGUCAAUGUGCAGGCAGGAGGUCAGUGUGCAGGCAGGAGGUCAGUGUUCAGGCAGGAGGUCAGUGUGCAGGCAGGAGGUCAAUGUGCAGGCAGGAGGUCAGUGUGCAGGCAGGAGGUCAGUGUGCAGGCAGGAGGUCAGUGUGCAGGCAGGAGGUCAGUGUGCAGGCAGGAGGUCAGUGUGCAGGCAGGAGGUCAGUGUGCAGGCAGGAGGUCAGUGUGCAGGCAGGAGGUCAGUGUUCAGGCAGGAGGUCAGUGUGCAGGCAGGAGGUCAGUGUGCAGGCAGGAGGUCAGUGUUCAGGCAGGAGGUCAGUGUCAGGCAGGAGGUCAGUGUGCAGGUCAGGAGGUCAGUGUGCAGGCAGGAGGUCAGUGUGCAGGCAGGAGGUCAGUGUGCAGGCAGGAGGUCAGUGUGCAGGCAGGAGGUCAGUGUGCAGGCAGGAGGUCAGUGUGCAGGCAGGAGGUAG